GCCGGGCGGGCGCCGCCAUGUUGGGGGUCCUCGUAGCGAGCGCGUAGGUGUCCUCAUAAGAUGCCGGCUCGGCGGCGCCCGGCUUUUUUCCCCCCAAGAUGGCGUCCAUGCGGGAGAGCGACACGGGCCUGUGGCUGCACAACAAGCUGGGGGCCACGGACGAGCUGUGGGCGCCGCCCAGCAUCGCGUCCCUGCUCACGGCCGCGGUCAUCGACAACAUCCGCCUCUGCUUCCACGGCCUCUCGUCGGCCGUGAAGCUCAAGCUGCUGCUUGGGACGCUGCACCUCCCGCGCCGCACGGUGGACGAGAUGAAGGGCGCGCUCACGGAGAUCAUCCAGCUGGCCACCCUGGACUCGGACCCCUGGGUCCUCAUGGUGGCCGACAUCCUGAAGUCCUUUCCUGACACCGGCUCCCUGAACCUCGAUCUCGAAGAGCAGAACCCCAACGUUCAGGACAUCCUAGGAGAGCUGAGAGAAAAGGUGAACGAGUGCGAGGCCUCGGCCAUGCUCCCGCUGGAGUGCCAGUACCUGAAUAAAAACGCCCUGACCACCCUGGCCGGGCCCCUCACGCCCCCGGUGAAACACUUUCAGUUGAAAAGGAAGCCGAAGAGCGCCACGCUGAGGGCGGAGCUCCUGCAGAAAUCCACCGAGACCGCGCAGCAGCUGAAGAGGAGUGCGGGCGUGCCCUUCCACGCCAAGGGCCGCGGGCUGCUCCGCAAGAUGGACACGACGACCCCGCUCAAAGGCAUCCCGAAGCAGGCGCCCUUCAGGAGCCCCACCGCCCCCAGCGUCUUCAGCCCCGCCGGGAACCGGACCCCCAUCCCGCCGUCGCGGACGCCGCUGCGGAAGGAGAGGGGCGUGAAGCUGCUGGACAUCUCGGAGCUGGACAUGGUGGGUGCCGGCCGGGAGGCGAAGCGGCGGCGCAAGACGCUGGAUGCGGAGGCGGUGGAGAAGCCGGCCAAGGAGGAGACGGUCGUGGAGAACGCCACCCCGGACUACGCGGCCGGCCUGGUGUCCACUCAGAAACUCGGGUCCUUGAGCAGCGAGCCUGCGCUGCCCUCCACCAGCUACCUGCCCGCCACGCCCAGCGCGGUCCCAGCCUCGUCCUACAUCCCCAGCUCCGAGACCCCGCCAGCCCCAUCUUCCCGGGAAGCCAGCCUGCAGGCCAGCCGGCCGCCCGAGGAGCCCAGUGCCCCAAGCCCCGCGCUGCCUGCACAGUUCAAGCAGCGGGCACCCAUGUACAACAGUGGCCCAAGCCCUGGCCCCGCGCCCCCUGCACCCAGCUCGCCCCUGACGCCCACCACGCCCCCAGCCGUUGCCCCCGCCGCCCAGACGCCUCCGGUGGCCAUGGUGGCCCCCCAGGCCCAGCCCCCUGCCCAGCAGCAGCCCAAGAAGAACCUGUCGCUCACGAGGGAGCAGAUGUUCGCUGCGCAGGAGAUGUUCAAGACGGCCAACAAGGUCACGCGGCCCGAGAAGGCCCUCAUCCUGGGCUUCAUGGCCGGCUCCCGAGAGAACCCGUGCCAGGAGCAGGGCGACGUGAUCCAGAUCAAGCUGAGCGAGCACACGGAGGACCUGCCCAAGUCGGACGGCCAGGGCAGCACCACCAUGCUGGUGGACACCGUGUUCGAGAUGAACUACGCCACGGGCCAGUGGACGCGCUUCAAGAAGUACAAGCCCAUGGCCAACGCGUCCUAGGCCGCCGCCGCCGCCUCGGGUUUAGGUUCCGUGUCCCUGGGGUGUUUUGGACUCGGUUUUUAAAUUUUAACGUGGGUGGGUUCCCUCGUGUGUGAUUUGAGGCACUUUUUUGGAUUCAAUCUUACUUUUUUGAAUGUUCAACUUGGCCAAAAAAGUUGUAACUUCCUGAUCGUAGCGACAGCUCUGCCUGGUAGACGGAUCUUUUUUAUUUUUCUUAAGUUCCGCCCGCCUGGGGGGAGGCCCUUCCUCGCUGGAGCAGCGCGCUCCCCGCCCCAUGAGGCAGAGGGACCAAAGCGGGCGCUGAGGGCAGGGCGGGGCGGGGCGGGCCCGGGCCGUAGGCGCCCCGCGGGGUUGGGGUUUGUAUGUGUCUUUUGUACGGUCGCGAGCCUCUGAGCCCAGUCCCUGGGUCACCUGUUUCCAUUGUAAAAACGACCUGAGUCAUUAAAGUUGAGCUUUUCUAAAGAAAG